AUGAGUGAGGAGGACCACCGACACAAAACCCCCAACCUGCCCACUCACAUGAGUGAGGAGGACCACCGACACAAAACCCCCAACCUGCCCACGGAAUACAGGGACGACCCCGCAAACCAGGGCUCCAAACACAACUGUGCUCAACUUAGUAAACUAUCCAAUGGAGACUCUGUGUCCAAGGACGGGUCCCUGAACAGCUGUGGGAGUGGAGGGGGUAGCAGACCCCAGGGGAGUGGUAGUGGGGGGGCGAGACGAUGCUCCAAGGAAGGGGGCGUGAGCGGGGAAAUGAGGAUAAGUGAAACUGUCCCCUCCUCCUCGUCAGACUGUCUGCGUCGAGCAGCCAUGAUGGGACCCCACAACCCCAAUGCCAUGGUUUCUUACUCCAUGCCCCCACCCCCUCCUCCACCCCUACACAUGGGCCCUGCUGUGGGAGGGGGCUGGCUGCACCACCCUCAUCACCCCCAUCACCCUCACCCUGAGUUCUACUGCCCCCCUGCCCCCGCCCCACUCACCCUCACCCAUCCUAAAGACGGAAGGGAGGUAAAAGUCUCUGGCCCAACGUACAUCCCCUCAGUCGGGCCUUUAGGGGACAUGGGGUCCCCUGACUGCCAUGGUGCUGGAGGAGGAGGAGGAGGAGGAGAUAAGGAUGAAAAAGGGGCAGAGAACAGCGGAGGAGGAGGAGGAGGAGGAGGAGGAGGAAGAAGAAGAGGAUCUUGUGAAAGUCUUCCUUCUCCUCUUCAUCCUCAUCCUGAUCGUCCUCAGUCUAGUAGCUGCCAGAGGAAGCCGUCGUCCCAGACGCAGCAGCCACAGCCACAGCAGCAGCUGGGCUACUGCAAGGCAGACAAGCCCCCGGACUGGAACCAGAACCACAACUACAACCAACACCACAGCCAGAACACCCAGCCCAACUCCCAGCCUCAGCCCCAUAACCCUAACCACCAGUCUGGGCCUCGCUCUUGCAGCCUAGAGGCCUCUUCCACCAGGGGAAACCUGGAGGUCCUAGAGGUCUACCGGGCCUCCCUGCCUCUGGAAGCCCAGAGUGCUCACCCCAAGACUGGGCCCUACGCCAGCACCCCGCCCUUCCGGGACUGUUCACACUCAGGUCCUCCUGAUGGAAAGGGGGGGUUGGGGGUGAGUGGAGGUGCCCAGAGAGAGGGACAGAAGGUUGCUAGGAUACUGCACCAGCGGCACAGUAGUCAUGGAAGCGGGUCGGGUUCUGAUGGAUCAGGGACUGAGAGGGGGAGAGAGGGGGGGAAGCAGAAUCMGAAUCAGAAGAGUGAGGGUGUUGUCAUGGGGUACGGGGGUCAAACUCCCUCCACGCUGCACCCCUGGGGGAUACCGAGGGGUCCCCAAGAGGACGAGAGGAGGAUCUCCCCAUACACAGAGUCCUACCCAGAUAACAAGACUCAAAACCACCACGAUCAACAGCACUGUAAGACAGCUCCUCAUCCCUCUCACCCUCACCCCUCCUCCCGCUCCUCCCCCCACCCAGAAGGAGAGAGCAGUGCCAUGAAGAACCUGAUGAACUACAGUUCCCAGCAGCCUUUGCUGCUCUCCCAGAGGAGUCUCUUCGGGGGGCUGGGCUGCCUGAAGCAGGGGGGCGAGAGGGGCGAGAAGGGGGGCAGAUCCAGCACCCCUCAGGACCACCCCAAACAGCCCCUACCCCCCAGGAGAGGGUCCACCAGCGAGGGGGAGAGGAUGGAUGGAGGGGGGAGAGGUAGAAGGGAGGCGGGGGAGACACACGGGGAGGGGGAGGUACGACAGCCCCCUGUGGGUAUAGCUGUGGCGGUCGCCCGGCAGAGAGAGCCCCCCCAACACCCCUCAGACACCCACCCAGGACACAGCCGACAGGGCAGGGUUCUGCCCAGUGUCAAAGGUGUGUCUCGGUCUGUGUACCCGCUGGUCCGGGAGGCAGAAGAGAGGAAGAGGAUGACCGAGGAGCAGCUGAGCCUUCAUCACCUCGACCGAGACAGAGAACUCCUCAUCAGGGAAAACCAGGAGAGAGGGGAGUUUGCCAGGAUCCACCCAUCCAGCAGUUGCCAUGGUGACCUGACAUCUCACCUUCUGGUGCCUGGCGGGGCCAGCCAAUUAGGUGGAGACCCUUCUGCUCACGCCCACCACCAUUGGAUGCAGCGGACUGGAAGUCCCUCCCUCUGGAUGGGCCAUUCAUAUGGUCUGAGCCAUGCUGCGCUGCACCAGAGUAUGGGCCCAGGGUUCGGCCCUGGCCUGCCUCUGUCCCAGGACCCCUCUGGCUCCCUGGUGGUCCUGCCCUCUGAGCCUGCACACCACCACCUGGGUAAGACACACAAAUACACAUGCAGGCCCUGUACACACACACACACUCAGCCAGUUAGCCAGCGCUGAAGAUGAACCUCCAUUAGAAUGGUUUGCAUAAUGCUUUACACUCAGAGAGGAGACAUUAGAAUAUCUACUCCCAUUAUCAGAGCUAUGAAACACAGAGACUUAGUCAACCAUUUUACUAUGAUUAGCUAAUGAUACCUAAACACAGGGAGAGAGAUGGCACUUCUUCUCAUGGUUCAGCUACAGACAGAGAGAUGCAGUGUGUGAGUGUGUGGGAUGAGUGUGUGCUCCUAUGUGGUGUAAUUUUGCGGUGUGUGUGAGGUAUGACAUAGUCAGAUGAUUGUGGCGUGUGUGUGUUGCUGCUCCUUUGCAAACAGGCUGUGAAAUGUAAUUAUCUGCCAGCUCUCUUGCCUCG